GCCCUGCCCUGGCACGGAGGGAACAGACGGGCGAUUCAUAACGCGGGCACGAUGCUCUCAGCCUCACAGUGCUAGCUUUGCACUUUGCAUGGGAGAAUGAUACCAGGAUUUGGAAGCCUCAUGCAGGAUGUGCUGUGGUGCUUCAGUCAAGUAAAAGGAACUAUAGACAUUGGGGUGACAGAAGCUGACAUCAUCUCCACAGUCGAGUUCAACCACACUGGAGAGUUACUGGCAACAGGGGACAAGGGGGGCCGGGUUGUAAUAUUUCAGCGUGAGCAGGAGAGCAAGAACCAGCCCCACCGCAGGGGAGAGUACAAUGUCUACAGCACCUUCCAGAGCCACGAGCCGGAGUUCGAUUACCUGAAGAGCCUGGAGAUCGAGGAGAAGAUCAAUAAGAUCCGAUGGCUGCCGCAGCAGAACGCGGCCUAUUUCCUGCUCUCCACCAACGAUAAGACCGUGAAGCUAUGGAAGGUCAGCGAGCGGGACAAGAGACCGGAGGGAUACAACCUCAAGGAUGAGGAUGGCCGUCUCCGAGACCCCUCCAUGAUCACCAUGCUACGGGUCCCCGUGCUGCGGCCCAUGGACCUGAUGGUGGAGGCCACUCCGCGGAGGGUGUUUGCCAACGCGCACACCUACCACAUCAACUCCAUCUCCGUCAACAGCGACUACGAGACCUACAUGUCAGCGGACGACCUGAGGAUAAACCUGUGGAAUUUUGAAAUCACAAAUCAGAGUUUUAACAUCGUGGACAUCAAGCCAGCCAACAUGGAGGAGCUGACAGAGGUGAUCACGGCCGCCGAGUUCCACCCGCACCACUGCAACACCUUCGUGUACAGCAGCAGCAAAGGCACCAUCCGGCUGUGUGACAUGCGCACCGCUGCCCUCUGCGACCGCCACGCCAAGUUUUUUGAAGAGCCCGAAGACCCGAGUAACCGGUCAUUUUUUUCUGAGAUCAUCUCCUCAAUCUCCGAUGUCAAAUUCAGCCACAGUGGGAGGUACAUCAUGACCCGGGACUACCUCACUGUCAAGGUGUGGGACUUGAACAUGGAGAACCGGCCCAUCGAGACCUACCAGGUCCAUGACUACCUGCGGAGCAAGCUCUGCUCACUCUACGAGAACGACUGCAUCUUCGACAAGUUCGAGUGCGUCUGGAACGGGUCUGACAGUGUCAUCAUGACCGGCUCCUACAACAACUUCUUCCGCAUGUUCGACCGCAACACCAAGCGCGACGUGACGCUGGAGGCGUCGCGGGAGAACAGCAAACCCCGCGCCAUCCUCAAGCCCCGCAAGGUCUGCGUGGGUGGCAAGCGCAGGAAAGACGAGAUCAGCGUGGACAGUCUGGACUUUAGCAAAAAGAUCCUGCACACAGCUUGGCACCCCUCCGAGAACAUCAUUGCCGUGGCAGCCACGAACAACCUGUACAUAUUCCAGGACAAGGUUAACUAGGAGGACCAGGUGUUCUUUAGGAGUCUCAUGUACUGAUACCAGUAAACACAUGGUUUCAACUGUUUCUUUUCUUUCUUUCUUUUUUUUUUUUUCCUUUCCUUUCCUUCCUGUUCUUUGUUCAGUUCCUGCUCUGCAGAUCGCGGUUACGCAGAGGAGCACUGGGGCACCCCGGCCCAGGGCCACGGGGGCACCCCACAGGACACCAGAUUUACAUAGGGAGAGCUGAGACGUGGUUGGGAGUGUCAGGCCCAGCUAUCCCAUGUCCCCAGGCAGUGGUGGGGUGGCAGUGACCCUCCACCGACGGCCAAGGGGGUGAUGCAGGGGGGGCUGUUGGCUGGGGAGGAGGGUGUGGGGCUAACACACCGUGACCCCUGGGCAGCUCUGGUGACAGUGGUCCCACUCCAAUUGUUUUAUACUUGAUCCCAGAAAUGUUCCACCUGUUGUGUUGAAGAUUGGAACGCUGCCUCCCUUUGCCAUUUUCCACAUUUGUCUUUUUAUUACAAUUACUUUGUGUUUUAACAACAGAGACAGCAAAACCAAACGUAAAAUGGAAAAGUUCAGUUUUGCAAUGGAUGAGCUUAAGGGGGGGGAUGUGCUGCACUCUCAGAUGUGUCUGCUCCGGCCAGGCUGCCCCCUCACCCCCAGACCCCUCCUGAGGAUUUGGCUUUGUAGAUACUGUGGUGCCUUCUUUGGUAUAUGAAAUACCUUUAUAAACAAUGCUUCCGACCUGCAUUGAUCGCAAACCAAACCGACCCUGGGCUCUGCUGCAGUUCUGGGCUUUGCUUUGGUCAUUUUCCUCAUUCUGUUGUGAGCUCUUGCAUGUCGUGACUGACUCUCUCUCUCUCUUUCUCUCUAUCUCUCUUUUUUAAUUAAUUUAUUUAUUUAUUCAAUUUUUUUAAAGGUAAAGUAUAAGUUGCUAAUUUAUGACCUUCUAAAGAAGAAUCCAACCGUAUAUUGCUGUUAGCCCCUGACUGUGUCAGAGAGAGGCUGUCUGCAGUCCUACAUUAUAAUAACAAUGAUAAUAAUAAUAAAACCAGUAACUCUUUCUCUUUGCAUGGCGAGGCUGCCUCUUUCUACUCUACAGAUUGGUCAGGUCCCUCUUUUACUUGAGCAAUUGUUCAAUUAAAAACAAAAAAACAAGGACGACUGGAUUUUCCAUAAACCAGAAAACUGCUCCUGCAGCAAGCAGCAAAUGAAUAAAUGAAGUCAAUUACAAAAUCCAACACCAUCACUUUGGCAGUGUCUCCGCAGGGGCGACCCCGCUGCCACCCCUCCUGUGGGGGCAGUGGGCACCCCCAGCACCCAUCGCCUGGAGGGACCGGGACACGGCUCACCGAGGGCCAGGUGCCUCCCGGACAGCCUCUCUGCGAGGAUCCUGGAGUGUCCCGACCAGGGAGAUGAACUGCUGCACACCCACGGAGCACACGGACUGUGUGGAAAACCAGGAGCUGGGCGGCCGCAGGGACCCCUCGGGGUGUGGAGCUGCUGGGACGCCCCGGCCCCGCACGCCACCUUCAGAGGAGCCAUCCCAAGGCAAAAACAAAGUGCACUGGCUUAUGGAUUUAUUCCAAGGGAUGGCUUUCAGGAGUAACAUUUUUUUUUUAAACUAAAUGAUAAAAUAGCCAGAGUAAAUGAACCAUUUUUUAAGAAAACGCUCUUUUUUGGUUCUGUAAGGAGAGCCUGUGCUGCGGUGUCAGAAGUAAAGUUGUCCCAAACGUG